AUGCUAGGAAGAUAUCAGAGUAACCCAGGAAUUGAUCACUGGAAAGCUGCAAAGAAAGUUUUGAGGUACCUAAAAGGAACGAAGGAUUAUAUGCUCACGUAUAGGAGAUCCAACAGUUUGGAAGUUAUUGGAUACUCGGAUUCAGAUCAUGCUGAAGGAGCAAUAUCGUGGGAGAGUGCUAAGCAAUCCGUAAUUGCUACAUCCACAAUGGAAGCAGAAUUUGUGGCAUGUUUUGAAGCCACAAUUCAUGCAUUAUGGCUGUGGAACUUUAUUUCAAGACUUGGGGUUGUCGACACCAUUAUCAAGCCGCUGAAAAUUUAUUGUGAUAAUACUGCAGCAAUAUUCUUCUCCAAGAACGAUAAGUAA